AUGGAGGUCAGAGAAACAUGCAAGCCAGCCUUCACUGAACCGCCCGGCGCCGUUUUGGCUGGUAUUCCAGUUGAGGGACUCGAUCUGCCCAUCCCAUGGAUCUCAUACGGGCGGCCUUACUAUGAAUCGUGCGCGAAGCAUAUCAAGGAGGCGUUUCAUGCAUCCCGAGUGUACAUUAUCGCCUCCGGUUCAUUGGCGCGGAAAACGAAUAACGUCGCUAAGCUCGUCGAUGCGCUUGGCAAGGAAAACGUCGACGGAGUGCGCGAGGGCAUGACGUGGUCCGAGAUACUUUCGAUAACAGCGAUAUGUCGAAAACGUAAGGCGGACUGUGUGGUUACGAUCGGGGCUGGCAGUAUAACUGAUGGGGCGAAGCUUGUCGUUUUCGUACCAAAUAUCCCAAAAGACAUCAAGAAGCCCACCAUCCCUCUCAUCACUAUCCCGACCGCUCAUUAUCCCGACCCUGAGCUCUGCCUGACGACUCCGGAAUACCAUUGGUUGUCGACCGGCAUCCGGGCUGUAGAUCACUGCGUCGAAGCUCUGUGCAGCCUCAGCGCGACGCCGGUGUCAGAUGAGAAGGCUGAAAAGGGUCUUCGUCUUCUAGUUCUAGGCUUGCUAAAGUGUAAAGCGCAUGCUGAGGAUGUGCUAGCGAGGCACCAAUGUCAGAUGGCGGUAAUCCAUGCAAUGGACAAUGUGCGGGCUGGCAUUCCGAUGGGUGGGAGUCAUGCAAUUGGACAUCAGCUCGGUCCAUUAGGUGUGCCUCACGGCAUCACUAGCUGCAUAAUGUGCCCCGCGGUUAUGAAGUAUAACCUCAAGCACAGUUCCUCCACCCCCAAGAUCGCGCAUCAACAAGAUAAGACCCAGGAAAUCUUGCAGUUAGAGCCAGAGUCUGCUCGCAUGCUGAAGGUGGCCGGAGGCCUCAGCCAAGAUUCCGCCGACCUUGGGGAUCUCCUGAACAUGAUUAUAAGAGCGUUGGGCCUACCGAUGACUUUGAAGGAGCUGGAUGUCGAAAGUGAUGUGGUCCCUAAACUGUCGAAGAGGGCUGUGGCUGACUUCUGGGCGCCGACUUAUCCGAUGCCGCUGUGGGAGACUGGCCAACUGCAGGAGAUCUUGGAAGCGGUUAUGUAG